CAUGUUUGUUUUUAGCCGACUUCCUGUAAGACGAGCAAGUUGUGUCACGUGAGCAGUGGGUGCCGUGAUCCGGCAGCUAUGGGUACCUUUCACUGUAGUUUGUUGGACAGAGCUAGGCUUCAGUUUCAGAAAGCAAACUACUUAGAAGCCGAGACAUUGUAUAGUGAAUUCAUCACGACAGCUUGUCAGAAUAAACCUAACAACUGAGGAUUUUUUGACAAAGCAAUUGAGGAUUUCCAGAGAGUUUUAGAGCUAUGUGCUGAUUUUGAAGAAGCUAAAAUCAGUCUGAAGCAAUCCAUUCUGGAUAAAGAAGAAAAAUUAAGAAGGGAUUCUCAGAGGCUGUUGCUUGAUUAAUUUUUAGAAUUGAUAUUGGGUAGUUUUUACAUAUUUGGCUGGUUGUAUAUGUUGUGUAUUCAUUGGUAAAUAAAAUAUUUUGGAUGGUGAAUUUUUCAUGUAAAUAACAGCACAAUGUUGUCAUGUAAUUACAAUAUGAAAUCUCAGUUUAAUUUAUUUUGUAUUUACUGGUGUUACUGAAUAUGUAUUAAAUAAAAUAUUCUGAACAUUUCUGUACCCUGA